AUAAACAUGAUUUUUUUUUUCAAUUCCCUGUAAUGCUUUUUAUUCAAUUCUCUAUUCGAUUAGCGCAUACCAAGCACAACUAGACAUGAACAUUAACGAAUCUCUGAAUUCAAUUUGGAAUCAGUAAUAUAUAUUUUAGUUCAAUAAUUUUAUUUUAAAUUAUUUUAGAGGUAUAAUAUGUUAAAUAACGUUUGGACGUUUGGUUUGUAUGUCAUAUAACUAACUUUCCAGUUAAUUAAUUCACCAUGUUCACAAGAAAUCAGAUUUAACAAAUACGUUAUACUGUAUAUAACCACCCCUAAAAAGUCAUUUUUGAUAAUGCUUCGUCUUUAGCUAAAGUGCGUUUAACCAAUUUCAGAAAAUACUGAAAUCUGAUCUGGAUAUCUUCUAAUUGCACUGAAGUGAUCAGAACAGAUUUACUGCUGUGACAAUUCGAUUGCCGAUGAACGAACGGAGGAAGGAAUUCGGAAUUUGAUGCGGAGACCUGUAAAUUGGUAUCAUGAGUUGAGGCGCUUGUGGAAUCGAUUAGUGUGGAAGUAUUGUCGUGCAUCAUGAUUGUAUGAAACGUGUGCACAGAUUCUGAAGCGCAUUCGAGGACUAUUCAAACUCUUUUGAUUGUUGGCGAUCCUCGUUUUUCCCAUUUUCCAGUUCAAGGAAGCGCCAUUGAUUCAUUUUUACCGGUUCAAACACUUUCCACUACACUCCAAUUAACAGGGAAUGAUGCAGACUGAUUGUUUCUCCAAUUUAUGUCUUGUUCUCUUGCAUAUUGCCAACGGCACGAAUCAUAAGCUCCCGAACCAAGAAAUUCCAGACAGCAUGGCUGGUUUUCAUCACCCUGGAGACCCCUACUUCCCUAAUCAGGGAAACAACGGGUGGCUAGAGGAGGAGGAGCCUGAGGAAGAGCCUGAAGAAGAACCUGAGGAGGACCCCGAAGAGGAAUCGGACGGGGAACCGGAGGCAGAAGUCGAGGGCGAGCCUGCCGAACCCGAAGAAGACGAAGAACCUUUCGGAGAGGAGCUCGAUGACAGCGAAGGGGGUGAUUCGGACGCAGAGUCCGAGGUCAUCGAUCCCCCUUACCCGAUCAGGGUGCCUGCUUAUCGUGUGGGACCCACUGGACCUACCCCUCCUUGGGGCAUGGAUCUUUGGAGAUGGAGCAGACAUCAGGGACAGCGACCCCCGUUUGGCAUGUCACAUGAGUUCUUUGACUUGAGGGACGGAGGACCGGCCGACCGAGCUCUACCGGUCAUGGUGAGACGGUUACGGGACACCGGCGACCUUGCUCAGGACACUGCUGAUCAGGUACGCCAGCUGUGGACUAGGGUCGAGCGUGCGGAACAGGAGACGCGUGACGUCCUCCGGGAGUUUCACAUGAGGCAGGUAAGGUGGGAAUCUCGACUCCAGGAUGCGGAACGCUUGGUGGCUCGUCUUCAGGGAGCGUCCACAUCUUCGGCACCACCUCCUGACGCAGCUCAUCGCGGUUAGGGAUAGACCUAUCGUAGUAGGAUAUUAGUAACUAUGUUAUGUACUCCGGCUCUAUGUUUAAGUGACUACACUACUCAUGGAGCCGUUAUGCUGUCGGAUUAGUGUUACUUAUGUAUGCUCCUACGAGCAAAUUUUCUUGUACUAAACGCGGAUAAUAUUAAUAAACUUUUGUG